AUGGAAAUAGUAGAAACUAUACAGAAUUUAAAUGAGUAUUGGGGACCUCCGUCAUUGAAUUGGUUCGAUUACUUCGUAGAUGCUCAAAAAUUAUCAACGUUACUUGCGGAGCCGGGGAAUAAAGAAACCGUGGGUGGUCUAGCGCUCCAGUUCGCAGAGCAGGCAGCAUGUACGCAGAAGGAAGCUGAAGUAAUGAUAGCGAAGGCGUUUCCGAACGAAGAUGUUCAAUUCACGCAGCGAAAAGCUGCCUGUCUUCUUUUAUGCGCUAUGGCAUGCUUUGCUUAUGUUGACUGGGAUAUCGAGUAUCUUAUAGACAAGUUUAAUGAAAUUCUUUCUGUACGAAUACUGGUCGAGAAUUUCCUUGGCCUAUGUCGGUCGUCCGAAAAUCCAUCAGAUGCUUUGUUUGCUGAGUGGCUCUUCGCGCGAUGGGCUAUGUCAGUCGAUCGUCGCUUUCGAAUUCCACCGCCUCCGGCCAAGCAAACUGUUAAUAAUCCGCUUCUGGUGCCGGAUCUUCAUCUCACAAAGCACGAAAAUAUCCGAAAAAUGGUGGUCGAUACGCGCACAUGGCUGCCACAGGCAAUAACAUCACUGGAGAAAUACAUAGCGGACGCAGCUGAUCUGAUUAAGGGAGGAAUGUCGCUUAGCGUUGGCAUUCUUGGUAACAAUGUGCUUUGCCAGUGGGCGCCCAAUCCCGAUCUUUCUCUGUCAACGAUCAAAAUACCUGCUGCAGAUGUGAUAAGUGUGAGUCGCUUCGACCUGCUUCAAUUUCACUUUGCUAAUGGUGCUGUAGACACCGCUCAGGAGCUGCUCAAAUUGAUGACUCUACCAUCCACUCAACUUCCACUAUUCUGCGUUGACAAGAAAAUUCUACACGGCUUCUACCUGGCGCUAAAUGUACCGUCUCCAUUACCUCCGGCACCAACAACAGUCAAGGAGUUUAUACCUGAUCAGAAGCUGCUUACGGACGACUCGUCUGCUUUCCGCCGUUCGAGAAUGUGGAGACUCCGUGCGAUCAAAAGAACAGCUGGUCAGCUCCAGGUGGCUUUCCGAUCAGAAAACGCCGCCAAAGAUGUGAUUGAAGGCGUAGCUACUUGCUUCCGACAACGUCUGACAGAGAAAGUUCGUGCAGCAGCGAUUUAUAAAGGUGCCGCAGUUUUGUCUCAAUGUCGAAGUGCCUGCAAAACACGAAAAAUAUUUCAUAACGGGGGGGGUAUAGUUGCGAUUUUGGGGUGA